GGCGGAACCUUUGUACCAAGACGAGGUUUUUAGACGGACAUAAAUGAACGACGGACAAUCAUGUGUGCCCGUGUAGCUGUUCGUCAGCUUCUUCGGUGGACUGUGAGGAGUCCCCCCUCGUCUGUCCUGAGUCCACUUCAGGUUACGAGAUGUCACAUCCGGUCCCGGUACGUCGAGGGCAGAUUGUUAUGCUCCUCCGCCAUCCAGAGUCCUGUCCAGUCAACACAGCACGACCCCGGACUUACUCCGGAGCUGUCCCUGAGCUCUCUGACUGAUAUGGGAUUCACAGACAUCCAGGCAGAGCAGAUGUUUGAGGCUGUGUCCAGUAUCAGAGGAGCAAAUGCUUCAAAAAAUGUUCUGUCAACGCUCACAGCUCUGUUUGUUCUGGGGCUCAAACCCUCCAGUGUACUGAACGUGCUGCAGAAAUGUCCUGAACUUUACACGCUCAAAGAAACGCUGCUCCAGCAGCGCAUAAGCAACCUACGGAAAUUGGGUUUAGUCGAAGGCAGUCUCCAGAGGGUGGUCACCUCUUACCCAAAGAUCCUGACGGUGCCUGUGAAAGCGAUAAACAAAGUGGUGAUGUUCCUCAGAGAGAAAUGUCUGUUCACUGUGCAGCAAGCCGCGGAAAUCCUGAAAUACACUCCUGCAGUGGUGCUGGAGGAUCCGGACGAGCUGGAGUACAAGUUUCAGUACGUCUACUUCCGAAUGGGGGUCAAACAGGCAGAGAUGGUGAAGAACCAGCUGUUCAGUUUCACUAUGGACGAGGUGCGCUGUCGGCACACUUUUCUGGAGCGGCGGGGCCUGUACGAAACCCCGGACAAGAAUGGACAGACGACCAUCUUCAACCCCAAACUGAAAAGCGUCCUUACCGUCGACCAGGACGCCUUCCUCAAAGAUGUUGCCAAGGCGACGGCCGAGGAGUACGAUGUAUUUCAGAAGCUGAUAGCAAGAGAAUGCCAGGAAGAAGAGCUGCAGCAGGGCAGGAUCCAAGCUGAUGAUGAAUACGGCGACGACGAUGAUGACGACGAUGGUGACAGUGACUAUGAGGAUGAUGAUGAAGAGACUACCGGAAAAAGUGGCUAUAUCAAGAGGAGAAAGAAAUGAUUGUAGAAUAAUUUAAAGAGGAAAUGACACAAUUUAUAGAAUCAAUAAAAGGCUUAGUUUUGA